AAAAAACAAAAUAUUAUGUCGCAGUUAAAGCCUGCUAAGGUUCUCAUUUUAAAUCAUGAAAAAUUCGAUAAUGAUUUUCACCCCUCGGAACGCAUUGGAAGUGACAUAGAUGUGCAGGCAUUGAUCAAAGCUUUUAAUAAAUUUAACUGCAAUGUUGAAUUGAUGACUAAUGCCACAGUCGAAGAAGUUAGGGAAGAAGCACAGAAAUUAAAAAGUGUGAAUUUUGAGAAACAUUCCGCAUUGGUUAUUGUUGUACUCAGCUAUGGGGAUAGAUACGAUAAUAUAAUGGCGAAAGAUUCUGUGUACUCACUGGACAAUGAUGUGCUCCUUCCCAUUUCGGAAAAUGACACGCUUAAGGAUAAGCCGAAAUUGAUUAUCGUUCAGACCAGUAGAUUUGGUCAACUCGGAGGGUCAAUGAGGGACUCUAUAAAAGAUGAUAAUGCUAGUCAAAGGGAAGUUUACAAAUGCUUUAGCACCAGUCCUGGCAACGUGUCCUUGCGCAACGUGACUACUGGCGCAGUAUUCAUACAAACUUUCUGCCAGGCUUUGGAGAGGGACGGAGAAACCAAAGAAAUUGAUGCCAUAAUGAUGGAAGUUCGAUCUACAGUUAGAGAACUUACAGAGGCGCUUGGAUGCCAACAGAUACCAGCGGAAACUAACACAAUGACAAAGAAAUACGUGUUUGGUAAACACAUGGACAACUUUGACUUGAAUUAUUAUCAAAAAUACAAUAUGUCGGAGAACAACAAGGAGUUUCCUAAGCCUUGCUACAGUCAUAAUUCCGUGGAUGCUACAACUACGGCCGCAAGAAACCUAAUCCCAAUAUUGAGGCCAAUGUCUAAUCAAAGCGAUGCCCAAGCUUACAUUUCUCUAGAACCUUCAACAAGUUCUACAAACGCCAUUCUAAACGAAGCCCCGGUUCAGUUGCCUCAAGAACCUUCCACUAACGCCAUUCAAAACGAAGCCCAGGUUCACGAGCCUCAAGACCCUCCCAUAAACGUAAACCAAAACGAAAUCCAGGUUUACUUGCCUCAAGGACCUCCCAUAAACGUUAACCAAAACGAAGACCCUGUUCAGUUGCCUCAAGAACCUUCGCUAAAACCUGCUAAUGUGUAUAUAUUCAAUCAUGUAAAGUUUGACGAUCGGAAGGAAGAACGCGAGGGUAGUGACAGGGAUGUGGAGAAAUUAACGAUAACCUUCGAACAAUUUAACUGCAACGUGGAGGAAAUACGUUACUCCAAUUGGGAAACAGUUCAGAAAACUGCAAGUAGAUUGGAGAGGGAGAACUUUGAGGAACAUUCUGCCUUGGUUAUUGUUGUUCUUAGCUACGGUGGCCAAAACGAAACAAUUAUGGCCAAAGAUGGAAAGUACUCGCUGCACAUAGAUAUACUCCAUCCAAUUUUAAAAAAUCAGACUCUGAACGAUAAACCGAAGAUAUUCUUCGUUCAGGCUUGUAAAGGUCAAUGUACAGGAUAUAGAAUGGACUCCACUUUAAGUCUAAGCGAUGUUUACAUAUGCUAUAGCACUUUUGAAGGUUACGUUUCCUGGAUUAACCAGAAUGGAUCAAUUUUUAUACAAACUCUCUGUGAGGUUUUAGAGAGAGAUGGAGAGACCAAGGAUAUUGCUGCCAUAAUGAGAGAGGUCAUGGCUACGGUAAACAAUACAAGAAUAAUACAAGACGUGCAGCAGAUUCCAUCGGUUACCACAACAUUGACACAAAAAUACUGUUUUGGAGAUUAUAUGCACAAUUAAUCAUAAUCAUUGAAAUGUGGGCAAAAUAAAUACCUUUUUAUACCCGUGCAAAGAGGAUAUAUUUAUUAUGAUCAGAAGUGUGCAACGAGGCCAAAAUUAUUUUUUUAUAUUUCAAAGUAUUUAUGCCAUUACAAGAAACGAAAACAAUAAAGUAUUUUAAAUUGUA